AACCCCCACAAAGCCACUUCCUUUCCAGCAAGUAGAAAACAUCUAGGAACAUGAAUUUUGCUGUUAUUUUUUUCAGCUCUGUAGAAGAGGAUUUCAUCUGUUCUUGCCAAAGAUGAAGUUGGACCUUUGGUAUUUCUUUCUCUUCUACUUCCAAGUCGAAGUUCUAACAGAAAAAAUCGAUUUUGCCCAGUCUAAAAUAUUUACAUUUCACAAUGGAGGUGUACAAAUGUUAUGCAAAUGCUCUGAGAAUGUCCAGCAAUUUAGAAUGGAGUUGAUGAAAGGGACGCAAAUAAUUUGUGAUUUCAGUAAGACAAAGAACGGAAACAUCAUAUCCAAACAGAGUUUGGAAUCCUGUCAACCAUCCAAUAACAGUGUCUCUUACUUUCUGAAUAACUUGGACAGUUCUCAUGACAGCUAUUACUCCUGCAAACUAUCAAUUUUUGAUCCUCCUCCUUUUCGAGAGAAGAUCAGGAGCGAAUAUUUGCAUAUUUACGAAUCACAGUUUUGCUGCCAGCUGAAGUUCUGGCUACCCAUAGGAUGUGCAGCUUUUGGUGUUGUCUUCAUUUUUGGAUGUACAUUUUUUUGUUGGCUUAAAAAUAAGAAGCAUCAAGCCAGUGUGCACGAUGCGAACAGUGAGUACAUGUUCAUGGCAGCGGUGAACACGGCAAAGAAGCCUGGGAUCAAAGAUGUUGCUCAUAACUUGGGACUCUCUAGCACUCAGGCAUGAACCACGUUGGCCAUCUCCCGCCUACUUGAAGUGCAAGAAUUCCUCCUUUCCUGGACUCUGGAAUGUCUGGCUUGAUUUGACUAUACAUCUUCUACUGAAGCUUUGUUCAAACUGGACCAGUAACUAUAUCAGUCAACACGGAUAGUAACAGACUGCCUCAGAGCAACUUUAUAGAAAGCCGGGGUCAUGUGUGCCAACAAACAGACCUGGCUGGAAUGGGGUCACUUUCACAUCUGCUUCUAGCCAGUAAAACACACACACAUCUACAAACAUUGUUAGAAUACUCCAAGGGCACUGAGCCUACAAAGCAAACAGGCAGCUGACGGCCAGCAUGUGUCUGCAACCCACUAACAGACUACCUCUUCUUGUAGGGUGAGCUUCCCUUGUUAAAUCAGACAGUAGAGGAGUUGCUUCAAAACUGUAGGUAUUUUAUUUCUGAGGUGUCAACGUGUGACUAUAUUGUACUAAUGCAUUAGUGCACAGUACUCUUUCUUGUCCAACUUCUGAACCCCAGUCCGCCACUCCACCAAUUUAGAUACUGUCUGCUCUCAACUUUCCUUUUAAAAGUACUUCUACUAUUUGAUAGACACUCUGAGGAGGGAGCUAUGUCUAUAUUUUUUCCUCUACUGCUCCAUAAAAUAUAUAUAUAUAUAUAUUCUGAUGAAUAUGGUUUACCUAUAUUCUUCCUACAAGAAUAUUUUUGCUCCAAAAGACAUCUCCAGGCCCCCCCCCCCCCCCCACCGCCCAGAUUCAAUUAAAAUGGCAUAUUAUCUUGACUUGAUAUUAGUGGUAGGAAGCAUUGACCAGAAUGGAAAGUGACUUCAUUUUAUGAUCCUGUUUUCUACCAUUACCUAUGUUUUCAAGGUGCUAUUAAUUACAAGCUGGGCUAUUUUUGUAAUGAAGGUCCUGGGGUAGAGACAAUGAUCUAUUUAGCGUCAAACUCCGGCCCUGCUGCCUCUGGGCUCCACUGGUUGAAAUGAGCCCCAUCAGCCUGGAGUAGCCAUCCAGGCCUGGAUAGAAUUCCACGGCUUGAGAUACUCCCCUGAGCGAGGGCCAACCAGGCGCUGUUGCCCUCAGAGGCUGACAUCGUCCUGGGACCACAGUGGGUGAGCCUGCAUUUGUACUCCCAGGAUUUGUGAAGAAGCAUCAGCACGAUGGCCUCUCCUAGAAACCAUGCCACUUGGAAGCCAGCCUGGCCCUUCAAGAUAGAUUUGGUUGGGGGAUUCUCAGAUAUGUGUAAUGUGGUCACUCUUAGCCUGGAUAUUUUCUCUACUUCCUGUGUGCGUGACAAAGACUUCUGAAACAGCCAGUGCGUAUUCAACAAUAGUUUUAACUAUAGGUAAAAAUGAGGUUAUGGUAGUUUUAGUAUGUGUCGUUGCUUGCUUAUAGUUUAUUUUCUU